AUGGCCUACAGGCAGCAGGCUUCGGGCAGUAGGUCUGGAUAUAUAGAGGACCGGUCAAGCUCUCCCAACCUGUUUGGACUCCAAUACUCGGUUUCCGUCCAGGCAGACUCCGAGCCGGAUGCGACUCGACUAAACGAUGGGCGUACCGCAGGCUCUCUGGAUUUGGGGAACUUGAUGCAGUCAGAUGCCAGCUGCGCUUCUGUGGCUGACGAGCGGGGCAGCCAGUCGAGCAAUGCCGAGCAGCAAGCCGUCACUCCGAGUACCUCAUUCAACGGUUCGUGGCAAGGCGCACGUUCUGAUAGCCGAUGCCGAAGCCGCUUCCGCAGAGGAAAGGGCUGUCGUGAGGGGGUCCGGCUCACCGAGGGGGCGGCGACUGCCGGAGCCGGUCAGCCCCUGAGCCGGGAUGCUGUACCCGAGGUCCUUUUCGAGAAGCAGCUGCAGCUCCUGGCGCUAGGCACCGUCGAGGCACAGCCGCACCUUCUCGAACAAGGCCAAUGCCGCGGCGGCAGCCGGCGGCAGGCGUUCGCGGCAGAUGUACAACACAAUGUCGGUGGACAGUUGCAGGAUGCCCGCCGGGAGCGGGGGCUGUAUAGGGCGAGUCCGAGUCCGUCCAAUGUCUGUUUGUUCUGCAGGAUGAGCCUCCGGGUCACAUACAGCGAAUUACCUCCCUACCUCCUCAAACCCGCUUGAUGGUGCAUGAGAUCGAGACGCCCGAUCAUGUCCCCGAGAACAAGAGUUCUCUUCUUUGCUCCGACCGAGUUUUGGCUCUCGACGGCUCCACGAUUCCUCUUGCCAAACAACGCCUUACAGCCCUCCUUGCUGCACUAGACAUCUGCGACCCUGUAGGAUAUCUCUUCGAGGUCGAGAUUUGUUGUACUGGCGGGCGAAGAGGGAGCGCGAGCCUUGAGCAGGUAGUAGC